AUGGACGAAAUCGAAGUACCUCAGUAUUUUCUAUGCCCAAUCUCGCUCCAGAUUAUGAAGGACCCGGUGACUACCGUCACCGGCAUCACCUACGACCGGGACUGCAUCGAGAAGUGGGCUAAAACACUGGAUUGCGCGGGAAAGACCCUGGCGCUCGCGAUUUUGAAAACGUUCACCGAGGUCAUGGCCGGGUCGGUCCACUUAGAGAGGCUGGAGCCCUCGUUCUUCGCCGGGAUUGUGAAGGUCCUGAGGGGGGGAUUCUCCCCGGCGGCGGCGAGGUCGGCUUUGAAGAUCCUGGUGGUGGCGGCGUCGGCGGGGAGGAACCGGGCGAAGAUCGUGGAGGCCGGGGCCGUGGUGGAGCUGGUGGAGAUGGAGCUGGCGGGGCCGGCGGAUAAGAGGACGACGGAGCUGGUGUUCUGCCUGCUGGCGCAGCUGUGCUCGUGCGCGGACGGGCGGCAGCAGCUUCUGGGGCACGCCGGCAGCGUCGCCCUGGCGGCGAAGCGGCUGCUGCGGGUGUCGCCGGCGGCGGACGACCGGAUCCUGUGCGUGGUGGACGCCGUGGCGAGGUUCGCGGCGGCGCCGGAGGUGGUGGCGGAAAUGCUGAGGGUUGGCGGGGUGACGAAGCUAUGUAUGGUUCUGCAGGCGGACUGCGCGGCGCAUCUGAAGAAGAAGGCGACGGAGAUUCUGAGGUUACAUUCCAGCGUGUGGCGUAAUUCGCCGUGCAUACAAGUUUAUCUCCUCACGUGGCACGCCAGAUAG